UGUAAAUUAAUCAAUAAAGGCUAACACAAUAACCAGGAAUCUUACUUACAAUUGUAAAUUCCUGCUGUUUGCUUACCUCUGUGUUUACUUUCAACCAAUCGACGACAGAGAACUCGAUCAUCAAGGACGCUUAAUCGCUCCCUGCUCACCGAUCGUCACUCACAGACAUCAUUAACUUUUAUAUCUGUAAAGAAACAUGGCAUUGAGACGAGCAUUGCAUUUUGUUUUCAAAGUCGGUGACAGGACCAAAACGGCCACGUUUUACCGAGAUGUUCUGGGUAUGAAGAUAUUACGUCAUGAAGAGUUUGAGGAAGGCUGCAAAGCAACGUGUAAUGGCCCGUACGAUGGGAAAUGGAGCAAGACGAUGGUCGGCUUUGGCCCUGAAGAUGACCAUUUUGUUGCUGAACUGACAUACAAUUAUGGGAUGGGAGAGUAUCAGCUUGGCAACGACUUCUUGGGGCUCACUCUGCAGUCGAGCCAGGCUGUGAGCAACGCUAAACGUCUGGGCUGGCCUCUGACUGAGGUGGGGGAGGCUCUGUAUCUGACCCGGGCUCCUGGAGGGUAUCCCUUCUACCUCGUGGACAAAGAGCAGCCUCACAGUGACCCGGUGCAGAAGGUUUGUCUCGGAGUGUCGGACCUCCAGAGAUCGACCCACUACUGGACUACGCUUUUGGGAAUGAAGGUGGUGGAGAAGAAUGAGGAAAAGAAAACGGUGCUGUUGGGAUUUGCAGACACUCACUGUAAACUGGAGCUUCAUGAUAACGGUGGGGCAGUAGAUCAUGGAACAGCGUUUGGGAGAAUAGCAUUUUCAUGCCCACGGGAACAACUGCCGGAUCUGGAAGCCUUGAUGAAAAAGGAAAAUCAGAAAAUUCUCACUCCAUUAGUCAGCCUAGACACUCCUGGAAAGACCACAGUAGAAGUGGUUAUACUGGCUGACCCAGAUGGUCAUGAAAUUUGCUUUGUGGGAGAUGAGGCUUUCAGGCAGCUGUCCAAGGUGGACCCCGAAGGAAACAAACUGCUUAAUAAGGCUAUGGCCGAAGAUAAAAGUGACGAGUGGUUUGCCAAACACAACAGACAGAAAGCUGCUGCAUGACAUGAAUUGAACACCAUCAAUGAUGACAAGGCACAAGGGACCUGUGGCGUUAAUAUGACAACCCAAUUAUCCUUAUUCGGGUAGUGUGAGGAUUAUUCUUCCCUGGAUGUGUGCCAUGAUGUCGCAUUGACAGCACUUUGUGGAAGAACCACUUGUUUGUUUAAUUUUAUUGACAUGCUUCCAAUGAAUAUUAGACUAUCAAUAACACAGAUAGGCGUUCAAAAAGUCAAUUUGAUUCAACUUACUCCAUUUAAAAUGUUUAAAGAUGUUUUGAUAGGCUCCUGCUAGCUGUUUACUGAUCAUUCAGUGUCAUGUAGUAGAAAUAGUUUAUUCAUGUUGUUGAAUUACAUUGAAUCUAAUAAUUUGUAAAGAUAAAAAAAAAGUGAAUAAAUUGAGUUUCUGUCACUCUGUCACCACA